CUGUUUUGUUUGUUAAAAAGAAUUGGGAGGAGUAAUAAAAAUAAACAUUUAAAAUUUUAUAUACAUUAAUAUUUUAGGGAUUUUUUUAAGUUACGCUCUAAAAUUUAGAUGCAGCUUUUUGUCUGCUUACGCCAGAUAAAGAAGUGUUUAGGAGUUUCAAUUAGCCUGAAGUUCAGCACUUACGUGUAAAUGAUAGAGCAACAACGUAAACGCGUAGAACGCGCCAUUUCUGACAUGAUCAAUGAAAUGUAUUCAAGUCAUUUACGUAAAAUGCAGUCCGAAAUGCAUAUGUGUGCAUCUAAAUGUUGCGAUGAUCAACGUGGGACUUUAGACUCCGUGCAGUCUUGCAUUGAGGGAUGUGCAGUUCCACUUACUAAAGAACAAAAUUACUUGCAACAUGAAUUGGGCCAAUUUCAAACGCGUUUGCAGAAUUGUGUGAUGAAAUGCAGCGAAGAUGCCCGACAGAGGUUGUCACCGAGUCCCGGGACUGUGGAACUAUCAAAAUAUCAGCGCCAAUUUGAAAAUUGCACUGUGUCUUGCGUUGACAGACAUAUUGGACUUAUACCAACUAUGAUGAAGACCAUUAAUGCUGUUUUGGAGAAAGGUCCUAAUGCUAUGCCUCAGGCGUAAAAUAUCGUAAUACUUUGGGUCGAUGUUUAUAAAUUGUGCGGAUAAUAAAACAUAAUAAUGCGCAAUCGAUUUCGUUUAAACUAUUAAAUGAGAAUUGAGAAAGAUGGAAAUUAUAACUGAAAAUGUUGUAC